UGUCCGGAAAGAAUAUAUGGUGCUGUUUCUUUCCCAGAUAUUUCUGAAAUUGGAAGAAGUGCCAAGUCCUACUGUGAACAUACAGCCAGAACGCAGCCGACACUCUCUGAUAUAGUGGUUACCCUAGUUGAAAUGGGGUUCAAUGUAGAAACGCUUCCUGCAUAUGCCAAGCGCUCGCAGAGGAUGGUCAUCACUGCCCCUCCUGUGACAAACCAGCCCGUGACUCCCAAAGCCCUCACAGCUGGACAGAACAAGCCACAUCCAUCCCACAUCCCUGGCCACUUCCCUGAGUUUCCAGAUCCUCACACCUACAUCAAGACGCCAACAUACCGGGAGCCAGUUUCUGAUUAUCAGGUGCUACGGGAAAAGGCAGCAUCUCAAAGACGUGAUGUAGAAAGAGCUCUCACACGUUUCAUGGCAAAGACGGGAGAAACACAGAGUCUCUUCAAAGAUGAUGUUAGCACAUUCCCAUUGAUUGCUGCCAGGCCUUUCACAGUACCCUACCUAACAGCUCUUCUUCCCUCUGAACUGGAAAUGCAGCAAAUGGAAGAAACAGAUUCGUCUGAACAAGACGACCAGACAGACACAGAGAACCUCCCCCUGCACAUGAGCACGGAUGAUUCAGGACCUGAAAAAGAGAAUGCUUCAGUGCUACAGCAGAACACCUCCCUAUCAGGCAGCCGGAAUGGGGAGGAGAAUGUGAUUGACAAUCCUUACCUCCGGCCGGUGAAAAAGCCCAAGAUCCGCAGAAAGAAGUGAGGUGUAGCCAUCGACUGCUCAGAAGAAGAGGAGCCCAGUUCUCUGGCUGUCCUGGGGGGUCAUGCUGCUGUGGGUGAGAGGCAUGGUGCAAAGCAAGAGGGGCAAUGAGGCUGGUAGAGUGGCAGAAGCAGAAUUGUGAUCUCUCUCUCCUACAGUCAUCCUGGUUUGCAGUGCUCCCCUCCACUCCUGCUGACUUGGAAUGGUGAAUAGUCAAUUGCCUUAAAAGCAUUGAAGGCCACCUGGUUACAGAUAGGAACUGUCUUGUUUACUCUGGUUCCUUCUCUCUGUCACCUGGAUUUACUCUCUAAGGCGAAGGGACUCAACAGGUUCUUGCUGCUUAGUGCUUCCCAGCAGGCACUACAGAAUGCAAGGGCAUAAUUUGUGGCCGUCUCACAGGUUAGAAGAGAAACUUCUGCAGUUGACCCUGUCUGGCCUUACAAUCCAAGGAGCAAGUGUAACACACAGAAAAAGCCCAGAGAGGUUUUCUGUUUUUAAACUGUCUUUGUAUUGUUGGCAGGUAAAAGCAAAUAGACUCUUCUUUUAUAAACUGAAGGCGUCUGAUAUGUUGGUAAGAGAGCAAAGUGUAAAUACAGAGCUAAGAUGGCAUUUUAUGUUCACUUUCCUGACUGCAGCGGCACUUCUGACUUAAAAGCGCAAAGUGUGGUGUUUACACUGCCCUGCUUUGAGGUUAUUUUCUAGCACUAUAAACAGUAGGAUUUAACGGCUGCUUCAGGCCAUUUUUCAGUUCUGUUGUUAGUUUCAACGCAGCCUUCAUCAGCUGUUUGAAAGAUGCUGUGCUGAAAAUCCUGGAACAUGGAAUAAAGCUGUAUUGAUUACAGUCCACAAGACCAUGCUCUUAAUCACAUUUUUUUAAUUUGUCCUUUCUCAGAUAUGGGCUUUUAUCAACAGUAGUUCUUCCCUGCCUCCCCACCUUCUUUCCCUCUCCCAAGCAGAAGCCUUCUUUUCAGCAGUGGAAAUGAGUGGCGAUGGGAGUAUUGUAAUCGUUAGCUGGUUUUGGAGGCCUUUCCUUUAAUCUUCAUUCAGCCUUUACUUAGGCAAAAUAUGGGUGGCUUUGACCAAGGGCUCCUAUUUGGUCUGGGCUCCCGAGCGUGAUUAAAUGAUGUGGAUUCAGUAGUCCCUACUACCUGUCAGCUUUUUCUCACUCAUGCUAGUGUAAAAUUGCUUUAAGCAGUAGUUAAGACUGCAUCUUUCUUGUAGAUCAAACAUGGUGCUGAGAGAGGCAGCUGAGAGACUGCCUGCUGCAAGUUGCCAGACUGCUCCUUGCUUCCCAGAGUAAUAGCUGAGUGCAGGAAGUCUGUUGCAGUCAAGGGGUAGAUCAGAGUUAUGUGUAUGUAUAUAUGUUCAUCUCAGUUCAGUUAAGCAGUUCUUGCAGGCCUCCCUCUUCCCCAGAUGGCAUCAUCCAGGGAGGAGGUAAAAAGGAGGAGGAAUUGUUUCAGCGAAAACGGA